ACGACUGCUCUGAUCCCACACAAACAAACACACACACACACACACACACACACACACACACACACACACACACACACACACACACACACACACACACACACACACACAAAGGCACACGUCACUCACACAUCAUAGCACACUCGGAGAGGAGCUGAAACUCAGAGCAGUGCCUGGAGAUGCGACCGGCUGGCAGCCACUGAAGCUCCGUCGACACACUGAACCUUCACCUCCAGAGAGGCCGACACACACUCCUACAGCACAGAGGAAGAGAACCUGACAAAGCACACUACAGUGACCUCCAGCAGUUAGACCGCACCUGAUCCCACAUCCUUCAAAGAAAAGGGAACCCGACUCUGGAACAGGAAAAAGGAGCGAUCAGACCCCACCGCUGAAACACGACCCACUGUUCAGAGAGACAGAGGGGCUGACAGCCGUCUCUGACACCCGGGAGAAGAGGCAUCAUGCUGGCCAAAAUCCUUGAGGACAUGUGGGUGGAGCCCGGGGUGCUGGAGGCCCUCAGCGAGGAGCAGAAGAGGAUCCUCUUCUUGAAGAUGAGAGAAGAGCAGGUACGCCGCUGGACGGAGCGAGACGAGAAGGAGGAGAAGGAAGGAAGAGACAACAAGAGGCCAAAGAAAGCUUUCAACAAACAUGUGAGGUGGCUGCUGGGUCGGGAUGGAGAGGUGAGCGUCAGAGUGAUCGGAGAGGUGGACGAGCUCAGAUCCUCCAAACUCCUGCAGAGCCUCAUGAACACCAGAGUCCACGCUGAUGAUGUGAGUGGCGUCCAGGCACUGGACUUGCUGCCAGGAAGAGAGGCCCAGCAGCAGCUCCACGUUAAAGAGGCCAUCCAGCUGUCCCUUGCUGGUGAUGACCCCGCUUCAACUCAUGACCGGUGGUCUGAGGAGGACUCCUGCAGUGCUGAUGAUGACCUGAAAGACCCCGCCGAGGACAGCGACAGCGAAUCAGGGGGAGACUGGGCUCCUCUCUACAGGCCCCAUUUUAGUAGCCAUGGCAACCGGCCGCUGCUCAAAGCCCAGCUGUCAGACACAGAGAGGGCCGGCACGCAGGACACAGAGAUUGUGUGUAGUGAAGAAAAGAAUUCAGACUCUGGAGGCCGUGUGGCGCAGCUCAGGAAGGCGUUCACAGACAAAUCCCGCAGCACACCUGCCUCCAACAAACCUCCUAUACCUGCCAAACCUGCUCACCUGCAGCAAAGAAGCACUCCCUUGGUCCAUUAAGAGUGAAGGUGUGCCUAGCCUGCUAAGAGAAGACACUGAGUGACCCCACAGAGGCAGAGCGUGCUGUGUCACAAGCUCUGUGCAGAGAAUAGUGGCUCAGCUAGAGACUGGUGAUCCAGGAUGAAGCCACAAACACUAGAAGAAAAAGGACCCUUACUUGAACCUUAGCAGUGGACUGAGAUACACUUGCCUACCUGCAGACAGAGGACCGUCUAGAGGGGUGGAUCGACGAAAAAGACUUGAAAGCUUUUCAACCAAAGUCAACAUGAAUGAGAAAAACUGAGCCACUUUGAUGUUGCCCAGUUCAAAUACGCUCAUAGUUUGUGUGAGUGACAGGCAAACGCAGACAGAAAUGUCCAGAGACGCUCAGACUCUCCACUACAGUUGCACAGACACCGUGGUGCAUGUGUUAAAUGAGUGCUAAUGAAGUUUUAUAAUUCAGAAGUCAUAAGCAGAGGUUAUUGGGAGCGGAAACAUGUAUUUGAUAAAAAAUCAUAUAUGCAGGUCCUUCUGUAUUGUUCAAAAGCUUUAAACUGUUUCAAAUGUAGCCCAUGUAACUGAUUUAACAACACUGACUUUCAUAUAUUCAUCCAGUAUAUCAAUGCUGCAGGUUUUUACGGGAUAAAAUAAAAGGACUGAAUUCAUGUUAAAAUAAA